AGAAAAUUCUAUUUAAUUUUGCUCCGUCGAGUUGUGCGGUACAAGGUCGUCAGCAGUUGCUUAACACGAUCCGAGUGCUUCCCGUGCAUCGCAUUGUGCUAGUUUCGUAUAACCUGCUCUAUUUGGAGCCUAACAAAAGUGGUCAUCCGACGAAAGCGUGUUCUUUUGGAAAGUAGUCAGUUCCUCUGACUAAGUGUAUACAUAAAAUAUCCCUGAAAGCAGCAAAAGCUAACAUCCGCAGAAGCAACAUUUGCUAGGGGUCGUUUCCAGCGAGGUGCAAAAUGUUGAUUAAAGAAUUCCGAGUUACGCUGCCACUGACGGUCGAAGAGUACCAAGUAGCACAGCUAUACUGCGUGGCGGAGGUAUCCAAAAACGAAACCGGUGGCGGCGAAGGUAUCGAGGUGCUGAAAAAUGAACCAUUCGACAAUUACCCACUGCUCGGUGGAAAGUACAACUCCGGUCAGUACACGUACAAAAUCUAUCAUCUGGCCUCGAAGGUUCCGGCUUUCAUCCGGCUGCUGGCACCGAAGGGAUCACUUGAGGUUCAUGAGGAAGCCUGGAACGCAUAUCCUUACUGCCGGACAGUCAUCACUAAUCCUGGCUACAUGAAGGAUAAUUUCAUCAUCUGUAUCGAAUCAUUACACGUCGGCGACGCCGGCGAUCAGCCUAAUGCCCAUGAGCUGACCCCGGAGAAGCUAAAGCAACGCGACGUAGUCCAUAUUGACAUCGCGAAUGAUCCCGUCACACAGACGGAUUACAAAGAGACAGAGGAUCCCACGAAGUUCAAGUCGAAGAAGACUGGUCGAGGUCCGCUGGUUGGCCCUGACUGGAAGAAGAAGGUAUCACCGGUCAUGACCUGCUACAAGCUGGUGACGUGCGAGUUCAAGUGGUUUGGGCUACAGUCCAGAAUAGAGAACUUCAUCCAGAAGUCAGAACGGAGGCUGUUCACCAUAUUCCACCGACAAGUGUUCUGCUGGAUGGACAGCUGGCACGGGUUGACCAUGCAGGACAUCCGUGAGUUGGAGGACAAAACCAAAGAAGAGCUGGACAAACAGCGUCAUGUCGGCGAGGUGCGUGGAAUGCGCGCUGAAAGCGAUUAGACCGCUCCGGUCAGCUCCACAUCGUCCGCUGAGUGCUGUGUGCAACUACCAGCGCAGGAGAGGGGGGUCGUUCGGGCGGCAGGAUGGAGAGAUUUUUCGCCAUUUUGUCCCUCGAUCAGCUGGCUCAACCCACGUCCACCUGUGGCCGUUUCGGUCUGUGGAUAGGGUUUCUUCGAUCCGCAAGACGAAAAACGGAAAAUGUGUUUAUUUUUUUAUCUUUUUUCCAUUGUUUUUUCCCUCGUAUGUUUUGUUUUGAUUUUUUUUCUUGCUCUCUCGAGCGACAACAAAAAAACAGCACUAGCAGGACACCUCACUGUGGGACAGCUGGAAUGCGCGAGAGAGAGAGAGAAGAAAUAAUGGUGGUGUAAAAUGCAAAUUAAUAAAAAGAUAAAGGGGACAAAGCUAUGGUAGCGGUAAGGAACUAGGGAGGGGAUAGUGAGUGUAGUAGGAAUGCCAGACAAGAGCCAGUCAGGACAGUGCGAGACAAAAUGUAAUAGAAUACGCAAGUAAGCAAACCAAGUAUCAAAUACCUUAAAUUCACGCAAAUGGUGCAGCAGCUGAGCACAUACCGCAAGGAUAACAUUCGCAAAAGCAACUUAACGAUAACAUAGUAUUGUAACAGACGAAUUCACCGCAGCAAAUAGCAGCAGUGCCCGGAAACGGACGCAACAAAGUGUAGAACAUGUGAUGUUUGAGUAUUGGUUCUCGUUCGCGUAGAAAGGUGGCAGGAACCGUUCAGGCAGCAGCCAAAGCUAUCUAGCACCACAUCAUGGCAGUGCGCGAGGGGCCGGAAAUCAGUGUGCUGAAUCAACAGUUAGAAUAUAUGACAUAGACCAAGCGCGAAGUCUGCUGCGGUUCAUAUAAAACACUCAACACAAGUUUCACUCGAUAGAAGGACGUUCGGGAAAACGCAGACUUUGACAAACUACCUUCUUCUAUGGCCUGCUCUAGUGAUAACGAAUAGCAAAUAGGACACGCAUGUUAUGAACCUACCCCGAAGGGCACCUGGCUAGCCAAGGCCUCUUGCAUAAUCUAUUUUCCCACUUGCAAACUACGUUAGUGACCACAAUGAAAAUGCCAUGGGACAUGUAGUAGUGAACAGGAGGAACGCAAAGUCGACAGCAAGCCAGCGAGCGAGAAAGAUAAAGCAAGGAGUUCAAUAAAACACCACUUGAAAUUAUUCUUAGCGAGUGCUCAGUAGGGCCACAGUACGAAACGGAACGAAUAUCACAACUUCUCGAUCGGACAAAAAGUUU